GAAGCCACCAAUUUGAAGAAACAUCUCCCCUUUUUUUGCAGCGUAUGUGUAUGCAUGUGUGUUUUGUGCAUGCGCGCGCGCUCAUUUCUUUCCUUUCAAACAUAUAUACAUUUUUUUAAUUUUUAAUUUUAUAUUGUUUAAUCCUGGGGCUGGAGAGAGCGGAGCCAGGGAGAGGCGGCGACGUUAGAGUAACGCUGCGCCGUGAGGGCUCCCGCGGGUGUAGACGUGGGCGGCUGCGGCUUUGGGCUAAAGCUGUGAGCACCGGCAACGAGUGGGGCUUAGGGACCCGGCAACCGCGAGUAGGCCAGGGGUGCUGGGAGGAGCCCUGAUGUAAGAAUGUUAAUGAGAGGCUCCCCCAGCCCAGCCCCCACCCCUCCCCACCCCCACCCACCCCACCCGUUGCAGAGAGGAGCCCGGCCUCGGCGCGCCAUGUGUGGUAACGCGCUGCGCCGCUGCCACGCUAUUUAAACACCGGCUAUGGAUCCAGAAACCCGCGCGAAUCAAUGGGAUCAAACGCGAAGGAGGUGCACCGUCAAUUACAAGCACUUGGACAAGUUUAACUUUUUUUUUUCUUUUACAAAUAAGGCCUUCAAACGCAACCUUAGCAACGCCCAAAUAAGAAGCCACCUCUAAGCCAAAUAGCCUAUGUGCAAAGGGAGGGAGAAUAUAUAUAUAUAUUUAUAAUAAGUCUAUAUGUAUAUUACAGACGCACAGGUUUACAUUCUGUGAACUUUUUUCUUUUUUCUUUCUUUCUUUACUUUUUUUUUUUUUUAACCUAGGGACAUUGCAGAGGAAUCUUCCUCUCUAUCUUUUGGCGCGUUACUGAAGGGGGUAUUCUGUUUUCUUGGAGCGCCCAAGGGGGCGCAGGGACAGAGGAAAGAAAAGAGCGGAGAGGAAAGGGGCAGGGUGGGUGGGGGGCAGAGGCCGAGCCGGCGGCCAGGGCGAGCGCUUGCUGGCAACACCAUGCGGUCCCUGCUGCUGUUCACUUUCUCGGCGUGCGUGCUGCUGACCCGGGCGCUGCUGGCUGGCGACGCGAGCAGUGCCGGCGGGGACACCCGGCCAGGCAGCAGGCGCCGGGCGAGAGAGGCGUUGGCGGCUCAAAAGAUCGAGGUGCUCGUGCUAUUGCCCCGGGACGAUUCGUACUUGUUCUCGCUGGCCCGGGUGAGGCCGGCCAUCGAGUACGCGCUGCGUAGCGUGGAGGGCAAUGGCACCGGGAGGAAGCUGCUGCCGCCGGGCACUCGCUUCCAGGUGGCCUACGAAGACUCGGACUGCGGCAACCGUGCGCUCUUCAGUCUGGUGGACCGCGUGGCGGCGGCGCGCGGCGCCAAGCCGGACCUCAUCCUGGGGCCCGUGUGCGAGUACGCGGCGGCGCCGGUGGCCCGGCUGGCGUCUCACUGGAACCUGCCGAUGCUGUCCGCAGGAGCGCUGGCCGCCGGCUUCCAGCACAAGGACUCGGAGUACUCGCACCUCACGCGCGUGGCGCCUGCCUACGCCAAGAUGGGAGAGAUGAUGCUCGCUCUGUUCCGCCACCACCACUGGAGCCGCGCUGCCCUGGUCUACAGCGAUGACAAACUCGAGAGGAACUGCUACUUCACCCUCGAGGGGGUCCACGAGGUUUUCCAGGAGGAGGGUUUGCACACGUCUGCCUACAAUUUCGACGAGACCAAGGACUUGGACCUGGACGACAUAGUGCGCUACAUCCAGGGCAGUGAGCGAGUGGUGAUCAUGUGUGCCAGUGGUGACACCAUUCGGAGAAUCAUGCUGGCGGUGCACAGACAUGGCAUGACCAGUGGAGACUACGCUUUCUUCAACAUUGAACUCUUCAACAGUUCUUCCUACGGAGAUGGCUCGUGGAAGAGAGGAGACAAACACGACUUUGAAGCUAAGCAAGCAUACUCAUCCCUCCAAACAGUCACCCUACUGAGGACCGUGAAACCUGAGUUUGAGAAGUUUUCCAUGGAGGUGAAAAGUUCUGUUGAGAAACAAGGGCUCAAUGAGGAGGAUUACGUGAACAUGUUUGUUGAAGGGUUCCAUGAUGCUAUCCUCCUCUACGUUCUGGCUUUGCAUGAAGUGCUCAGAGCUGGCUACAGCAAGAAGGAUGGGGGGAAAAUCAUCCAGCAGACUUGGAACCGGACAUUUGAAGGUAUCGCUGGGCAGGUGUCCAUAGAUGCCAACGGGGAUCGGUAUGGGGACUUCUCUGUGGUUGCCAUGACUGACACAGAAGCAGGCACCCAAGAGGUCAUUGGUGAUUACUUUGGAAAAGAAGGCCGGUUCAAAAUGCGAUCGAAUGUCAAAUAUCCUUGGGGCCCUUUGAAACUGAGAAUAGAUGAAACCAGAAUUGUGGAGCACACCAACAGCUCUCCUUGCAAAUCAUCAGGUGGCCUAGAAGAAUCCGCAGUGACAGGAAUCGUUGUGGGGGCUCUACUAGGUGCUGGUUUGCUAAUGGCCUUUUACUUUUUCAGGAAGAAAUACAGAAUAACCAUUGAGAGACGGAGUCAGCAAGAGGAAAGCAGCAUCGGGAAACAUCGGGAGUUACGGGAAGAUUCCAUCAGAUCACAUUUUUCAGUGGCUUAAAAGAAAUGCCCUUCUCCCUUUGUCUGCUUGAGAUUCCUUAAAGAGAUAAAUGGAAGGACAGACAUCAACACUACAGAAAGGGCGUUCUUGGAGAAUUCAUUCUUUUAAGCAGUAGUCAUUUCAUUUUAAAUUUUCUUUAGAAGCUCAGGAAUGAUUAUUAAUCACUAUCUGCCUUCUGGCCUUUUAUCUCACGGCAAACAAAUAUAACGAUGUAACGUAAUCCUGUUAAGUGUUCUGGCUGCUGGAGGGGCAUCGGAGUAGAUUUAUGUCUUGAAAGUCUGCAGCCUCCAUAUCUUGAUUGCUUUGGGGGCGUUACACACAAGGUUAUAAAAAUGUGGUUUUUCUGAAAUGAAAUGUUUUGUAGCUAGAAUAAAACAAUUUUUACAAGUAGAAUAUUCUUGGAAAGAAUUUAACACUCAAUAAGAGGACAAUGGAAUGAAAGAAAUCUCAAGGCUGGGAAUGCAAUGCCCCGUUCUCUGGAACUGGGGGACAGGUUUGUGGUUGACGAAGGUUGCCUCCAACAUCCACAUUCAGGUCUGACUUCAUAUCUCAAGAAAGGAUCCUCCCUGUCUCUUUUAGUGUCUCAUCAAAGCUACUCUGGAAAACUGUAAAUAUGAGUGAGCAAGGAGGACUUAUAUAAGAAAAAUGAGUCUAAAAUGUUUCUUUUAUGAUGUAAAAAAAGCCCUACUUCACACUAACAUUUUAUUUUUAAGUAUUUUAAUCUUAUAUUUUGGUAUUAGAAAUGUGUCUAUUUUUUCAUUUUGAAGAUUAAAUUUCACUUAUAUUUUAAGAGCACGGAGGAGGUGUGUGACAAAUCUGUGGCUAGGGAGAAAUGGUUCUCUUUUUCUCUGCUGUCCUCUGUCCCUGGGCUGUGGCUAAUACUAACUGCUGCUCUGACUGAAGACUCGCAGAAGCCUGUUCAGCUCAUGAACUCUGAAGGAAUACACUGAUGUUAAGCCGUGUUCAUUUUCGACUGUUUUAAAUGUAUGUUAUUAGAGGGCUACAUCCUUUCUAACCAUGGUCAAAUGAUGCCCUUCAAAACCAGUAGACUUAAGUGGAGUCUAUAAAGAAAUACAACCCCUUUCCCUCAAGAAUAAGUUGACAGCAAGAAUUUUGACAGCAAGACACAGUCGUGAUACAUUAAAAAAAAAAAAAAACUGCUGGCGAUUUAUCAAAAUUUGAGGUGAUGAUUUUAAUUAAAAAAGGGAAUGUUGAUAUCUGCUGUGUCCUUUCCACCUCAUAGAGUUUCGCAGCCACCACAAAUGAUGCAUAGUUUGGGCAGUGAGCUAGGACAGACAAGGGCAGUGUGGCCAAGACUGAGCCAGUCUUUGCUGGGUAUCUGCUUUGCGCUCAGUUCUGGAUGCAGAAGUUUAAAUUCUGGUUCCUACUUUAUCAGAGAGAAGAAGGGUACUGUCUUGUAAUUUUGCCUUUCUUGGUAACAUUUUUGAGUAUCUGAAACCCAGUUUAAAGGGAAGAAAUUAGAUAACUCCUUGGAGGUCAUAUCCAUUCAGGCUAACUGUGGAGGAAGCCAAGCAAGAGCAGCAAGCUCUGGAAGCUAGCUUCCCAGGGAAGGAGUGUGUCACACCUCAUUCUCUCAGAUGAGUCAAAGUGAGCGGGGCUGCAUCUGUGUGGGGUGAACUUCUUUACGGCUCAGGAAAUGGGAUGCAGACCACAUGAUAAAAUGAAUUAGCUGUUGAACAACGGAAGGAGGCACAUUGUGCUUCUGCAUGUGGGAUAUUGAGGGAAAGGUGCUGACUUCAAAAGGAGCAGAAAACUGUAGGCCAGAAAGGUAAACUUCAAAAUGCUAAUCCAGGAGGUGAGCUUGUGGAGCACAACUCAGGAAGGCAGCGGCUGGUGGUCAGGGACUCACAUAAGGAAGACAGAUGGGCAGAUUGCAACCACCCCAGUUCUCAGAACCAGAGAGCUGCUUAUUUCUCUCUUCCUUUUUCAAUGAUGUUUUCCCUGUGUUUCAGAGAUACUCAUUUCCUAAUGUUUAUUUUUUUGAACCUGUGUGUUAAUUACAGGAGGGUGGGAAAAGUUCUCUACCUGGCUAUAUUCUUUGGGUGUAAAUAUUAUGUCUAAUUCUUUCUUGAAUUUAUAAAGUUGUCCAUAAAUGGCAGCAUAGUUACAACAGUAUUUUUUAAUUUCUGCUCCAGCUAGAGGAGUUGUUCCAAGGUUAAUAGCAUAUUCCCAGAUUAGAUGUUAAAGAUGAGAAGGGAGCUAGCCUUUAAAACAUAGGCAGGGUGAAUCAUGAGGUCUCUGGAGUCAAUUCUUACAAUUUUAAGGCAAUUCUAGUAUUGUUAAGGUUGAUUGCUCAUUUACAUGUCUGCCGUAUAGUUUGUCUUUCUUGUAUGUCUUUACAUGGCUAGGCAAGGUGGCCCAUAUCUUCCAUCCCAGCACUUGGGAGGCAGAAGCAGGGGGAUAUGUGUGAGUUUAGGGCUAGGAUGGCCUCCAUAGUGAGUUUCAGGUCAACUGUAGUUCACAGUUAGACCUUGUCUCAGAAAGAAUAAGUCUCCAUAUGAGUUGCCAAAACAUCAUUAAGUUUUGAAAACACCACUAAGUUGGGAAGCCUUUGCUGAGAGUAUAGAUGUCUGUUCCAUGGUGGCCCUGGGUUAAGAACUCUUGAUAUUGUAUUGUAGAAUUUAAAUUCUUAACUGCUAAGCAACAACUUUGACAACUAGUCAUUCGUAAUUUGCCAGUAGUCAACUAUUAGAUUAUAAACAAAAUGGAACUUUAUUUCUUAAGCCAUUCUAUAAAUUUUUACUCUUAAGUCCAAUGAUCAAGGUUUCAAAGGGGGGGCAUUUUAUUAGCAUUUUUCAUAUCUGGUCAAAUAUAAGUUCAUAUGCAAGCCAAACUAAGCAUAUACUUAUGGUGAUGGAAAUCAACACAAGCUUUAUAGGCAAUACUAUUGUUUUAGAUUUGAGAAGCUGAACUCAGAAAUAAAACUUUCUGGGUAGAGUUAUAUCUAUUCCCAACACAAACAGAGGUUUCACACGGAAUCUGUCAACAUGUAUUGUUUUGAAGAACCAUCAGCAAGCAUGCCUUUCCCCGAACCACAGACAGAAUUCUGCUUGUCUUUUUUUGUUUUGUUUUGUUUUGUUUUUCCAUUUCUUCCACAUGUCUUGAAAUAGUUGUUUACAAUUCAGAAUUCAUGGAGGAGAGGGAGAAUCCAAUGGAAUGAGAGCAGAUGCCCCACCCCCAUUUCCUCUUUCUCUUGAAUGAAAAGCUUUGGAAUGCCAAGUCACUUCCCCCUGCUUACAGGCAUCCUGUGCCUUUGCUGAAGGCACGUCUACCUUCUGUGUCCCUAACUUACCUCUUUUCUUCUGGUUGGGACUGAUUGUAGGGGCCUAAGAUAGGCAGUGGGAAGUGAAAAGGGAGGCCUUGUAUAUCUCAGAGAGUAGGUUCAGAACUGUUUCUAGUGGUGCCAUUGCUUUCUUGAAAUAGAGCUACUUGUGCAGGUUUUUUAUAACACACACACACAUACACACACACACACACACACACACAUGCGCACACACACACACACUUAAGAAAAAGAGAACGAAAGAAUAGUGUUUAUAAAUUGGAAAAUACUAGGGACUAUGUUUGUUGACACACAAAAGAGCUCAGAUCCCUAAUGGGUGCAACUACAAAGGCCAAUUGAAAUUUGGCCCUCUACCUAUUUGUGUAGUUAAUCCCUGUGGUUCAAGACUUCAGAAGAAAGCUGGUAAUGAGCUGAAUUUCUCAUUCAGAGGAAAAAAUAGAAAUUGUCUAGAAACACAGGAUGCUUUAGGGGCAGCAUAGAAGUAGGGAGAAUGAACCAGUGGCACUGGAGGGAUCCGUCUCUCUUUCAGUUGGUCUUUAGAAUGGAAGAAUAAUGAACAGGUUAGACCUUCUUUAUUAGCCAGUCUCCACAAGAAGUGCUGGAAAUGCCCAGAGAGAAGAACCAGAAGCUUAUGUCUCUCAAGGUGACAGAGAGAAACGUUUGCAGCUGACAUGGGCUCUACUGUUCUUCCCAGAACUCCACCUGCCAUCCAUCACGUCUCUAUGGAUGUGUUAGCACCUUUCCUGUGCAGGUGGGAACUUGUGAGGAGGCCUCCACAUUUUCUCAGAGAAAAAGGCAAGAUAGUACCACUGUGAGGAGGUAGCUGGCUUCUACUCAGAAGCCUGACAGUAACUAGACCAUGCAUGCCCUUGGACAGUUCACAUUUGUGAUUUUCAUGUACAUCAAGGAGCCUGGCUUUGUUCUCAGUGUACAGAUUUUCCAGAUGUCUCUUGCAGGCCUAUGGGAUGAAAAUAAUCCUCAAAAGGCACUGAAUUGGAGGGUGUUCAAAUCUCUCAUUAACCACUAAUGUUAAUUCAUCCCAAACUCAGAACAUUCUGAGCCAGCUGAUGGUGGUGUUUCUGUUUUAAGUCACUUCAAAUGUAAUCAAAAGGAUUUCAAUGAGAGCUGACUCUUGGAGGUAAAAAUAAAUAUAUUACAAAAAACUCUUUGGUAUAUCAGGUAGCAUAUGAUUCCUAGUGGAGAGACUUGAACAAGUUAAUAAAACAUGUUCCAUUUCUUUGAUUCAUAUUUAGAGACAUAAAUUUAUAUGCACAGGAACAAAGGCUCCAUUUACCAAGUGUGAAUCAUAACAGGCUACCAAGUUCGUUUUUAUUUUCUAGAACAAAGCUGUCAUAGUAUAUACUUAUUAUUGGGUAGAGAAAGAGUUAUUUCUGCAAAGAAAGAGGAAAACAUGGAUUUUGAUAUGGACUAUCUUAUUCAUUAUUCAGUGCCUGUGUCUGAGUGUGUUCAAUGUGGUGUAGCAUAUAAGUCAGUAAUGAAGUACCCUCAACGGGCCAGAAUCAGAGCUUUGUUCCCUGUGCAUAGCUGAAACCAGGGGUCACAAGCUAAGCAUUACAGAAGGUCAGUCCCUGAGCCUGUAUCUUUUGCGCCACUUUGUUCAUGGGUAAUUUAAACAUAGGACCACCAAACAAUAAAAACUUACCCUGAAUCUGGUAGAAAAGUCAAAGCUGCACCAGCUGCAUAUAGCAUAUUCUAAUGUAAGUAGAACUAUCUGCAUAUAAUGUGACUUAAUUUAUUGUUGUUCUGUGUAGAAAGUGAGGACUAAUGACUGUGGAUAGAGCCCUGUUUUGUAUAAUAUAUUUUAUUUCUGGUGCAAAAUUUAAGCAAUCUACUUCUUCGGGUUUUUGGAUAGAAUUGUGUAUGUGUUCUUGUAAAGGUUUCUAUUCAGCAAGAAUACCACAUAGCCCAAAUAUAACCAUAUGUUCUCAUUAAAAGUAUACUCUACAGAA